GUGGUCAUUGUAACUGAAAUUUAACUUGACCUGGCAACAUGACCUGAAAGAAUGUGCAGAAAAAUAACGGAGAAACGAAACAUCGUAACUGCUGAAAUUGUAUUUGCUGUAAAUGUGAUUAUUUCAAGCAUUUGAAAUCCACUCGUUGGCGUAUGGAAGUCGGCGCGUCCCAAAUGUAGCAGAACAUGACGGCACAAAGUCAAAAUGUCAACAAAGGAAGGAAGAAGACAGCCCAACCUGGAGUAGCAGGUCUGAACAACCUAUCAAAUGGGAAUCCUGCAAAUCAAAACACUCACAAUUCAUUUGUGCAGGAUUCAAGAAGGCCAGAUGAGUUUGACUUUGAGUGUGUGGUAAAUUCCAAAUUCAAAAACUCAAAAGUGUGGUUUUGUGAGAAAUGUCGCUUUUUGACCACAGAUUUUGAUGAUUACAGCAGCCAUAUUAUGGAGCAUGCGGUAAUGAGGUUUUACUGCUUCUAUUGUAACCAUGUCUCAUACAGCGAGGCCGAAUUAAACCACCAUGUAGAACAGCACACCAGAGUACACCCCUUCAAGUGUCAGUUCUGUGAUUAUAGAGCUGUGAAGAAAGACUAUGUUGAAAUGCAUAUGAAGCGAAUACACAAUGCGCCUCCUGAGAAAGUAUCCAGUGCUUUGCCCAGAGGUCCCAAACCGGCCUCUCUCCCCAGUGCUCUGCCCAGAGAUCCCACAUUAUCAGGGAUCUUAAAUACAAGGGUCGCACCUUUGCGCACUAAGAAUAUUACAACCAGAGUGGAUGAAGGAAGACCUAUGGAUGGGACACUGGAUGCAAACAUAUUGCCCAAAGUAGAGGUGGAGCUGUUGGCACCUUUAAAUGAACCAAUUCAACACAACAGGCCUUUGACUGUCUCUUUCCCUGAAGUGGGGACCAUCCCCCCUGGCUGCCUUGUUGAACUUGUUGAGGUGAAAACAGUUAAUGGGACCAAAGAACUAAAGUUGAGACUUGUCUCACAACAAUCUAAUGGGUCUGUAAUGAAAGCCUGUCGGACCACAACCUCACAAAAUGCCACUUUGUGUAAAUCAUCUAUGUCCAACGCCACUCCAACUAGAGAAAAGCCAGUGAAGAAGAGAACUUGCACAGGCAACAUAUCAACCCGACAAAUAAAUGACCAGAAACAAAAGGAUUUAACAACUGCCCCCUCCACAAAUGGCAUACAACUGAAAAAACACUCUGAAGAAUUGCUGGUGAUGGUGAAAGAUGUAAAUCAGCCAUUUGAGAUAAAGAAAGAGGAAGUGAAGGAAGAGAACUGUGAUUCUGUGCAAAAAUCUGAACGCUUGCAUUCAUUUACAGCUGUCUCGAGUGUGUCCAUGAUGGGAAACGUCAAUGGCACCAAAUCACCCUUUGUUGCACCUGCUGCAAUGUCGUCUUUUGUAUUGUGCAACCCUAGAAGUAGCACCCUGGUCAUUCCCACUCCAACAAACCAACCUAAAGAGGAUGAGACUUGUCAUGUGGCUGACUCAAUCACCUCUGGUUGGACUCAAUCUGAGAAUCCAUUAGUAGAUGACGUGCCAGGGCCAAAAGGUUUCCCAGUCAUUUCAGCUGUAUUUUCUCUAAGUAGCCCUCAGCUCUUGGCGGUGGCUCUUCGGACCAUAGCUUUGGGUAAUAAUUCACCCUCUGCAACGGGAGAGCAAGGAAAUGUCAAGAAUUCUUUGAUCCUCACACCUGCUAAGACAACAGCAGUGUGCAAAGGGCAUGAACACAAGAUAAACCCAGGAAACACUGACAUGGCCCCCGAGUGUUUGUCCUCUGUUCAUGCACCUCAAAUGAUUCCAAAAACCUGUCACCAGGUGCAGAGUGCUCAAUGUUCUAGACACACCCAAUCACUAACAAGUAAUCCCUUGAGCACCAAGGGGGAAAAUAACAGUGUUACAAUAAAGCUUCACAAGAAAACAGUUUUGAAUAUGAAAAAAAGUCCUCCAAAGGUGGCCAAAAAAACAGUAAACACACGGGACAGUUGGAUUGGCCAAAUUGACACUGAAAAAGGGUCAGUCCCCAGACACUGGAAAAGUUCAGCAAACAAGCGGGACAUUUCUGGCAGACUCUCUUCCUGCCUGAAGCUCUCAUUGAAAAGGAUACGAGUAGAAGAGGAAAGUAGCCUUCAACGUUGCACACCUGAGUUGAACCAACGAAGGAAGAAAAGAAGACGACGAGACAUGGUAUCUGGGUCAAAGACUUUCACCCACCUGUUAGAUACCACAGGUGACAGGGUUAUUAUCUGCCCAACUCCACUGAAAGAAGACCAGCUGGUGAAGCAACCAGGCCCAAACCAACCUGUUGUGGUUCUCAACCAUCCCAAGCCUCUGGUUCUGAGAGGGAGGUUAGGAAUGGAGACGAUUCCAGACAUUGGUCCAACAUGUCACAUAAUGAAAAUGAAGUUGAGCAAAGUAAUGGGACAUACGUAUGAGGUGAUUGGAUGUACCGUUAAGGCCUCUCCUUAGGGUGAUGGCAAAUUGUUAUGGAAAAUGAUAGAUUUACUUGCUGGGGACAGAACACUAAACAUUGAGUUAUCAAGAGUCUGAUGCAUUGCGCCAUUAAGGGUUGGCUUGCACUCAUUUCCAGGGUCCCUAGAUGAGCUUCAGAUUAAUAAUGGAUAGACAUUUCAUACAAUUUGUUACUUCAUCGAUGAUGAAAGACUGAACCCCAUUGAGAGAAACAAGUGGGCAUUCAGGCAGGCAUCAUAUUUUCUUUUUUUUACAAUUAGCAUUUUUGCUGCAGUAUCAUUGGUAGCACAGAUCUGUGUAAAUAUGAUUGUAUAUUUGAAUGAACUGACAUUGCAAUUUUUUUCUGAUGGACGAACAACUGCUUAAAUUAAAUGAAUGUCAAUUAUUUUGAAUGCAUUUUGAAUAAAAUAAUAUGUAACCCCCUGGUUACUUUUAGCCGGACUGCAUUGAAUUACUGUGUUCAACACAAGGCAACAGUCGGACACGAGGGAGAAUAGAACACCAGCAAUGUUGCUAAUUUGAUGUUUUGAGUAUUUAAGUUGAUAACUCACUCUUUAAUUAACUAGAUAGCUACACAAAAAUAGUGUAUAGAAUGAUAGCCAUGAGGACAGCAAGGGAUUUUUUUUUUUUCAACUGUCAUCGUAAGACCAGAUCAGGCACAUCUCUCUGCCGUUGUCUCUGAAAAAAGCAAUUGUAGCUAGAGCUGCCACCCGAUACCAGUGUUUUAACAUCAAAAUAUAAAUAGUUGUCAAUCCUACUACAGAACUCUGAAAAUGUUACCACAUAGUGAAUAGAAUGUUCAUGCUAAACCUCUUUCCAAUGAUCACUGACUUUUUGUAUUGUAGCUCUGAAAAAAGUUUGGUUAUAUUAUCCAACCUCAUCAUUCCUGUUUUAUAUUUUGCAUUUAUUAUGGUUGACUGACUUGACAUUAACAUUUUAAGUUCCUAGUGGAACAAAGUAACUCAGUGCUACUCUAUUGAACCCUUUUCUAGACUUUUACAUUUUUAACCAUAAUUCCAGGUGGUUCCUGCCAUCUUUAGCCCUUGUUUUCUUUGGACUUUUUGUCAUGGGUUACUGCUGUAUAUUGCUAGAAGUGUUUGAACUGCUCCCUCAAUCAUCUGUUUUUCUGUAUUUUUUAUGUAAAAGUAUCAGAGAAAAUAUUGAGUUGUUUUAGGUUUGACCAUAACAAUAUAUUUAUCAAAAUAUAGCUCUUGUUUAGAUGUGGUGCAGAUCUUUAAAUGUACAUGUAUUUUGGUUUCCUUUGAAAUUUCUCUCAUCUUUUUAAAUGGGAGUUAUUUGCAUAACAAUUAUAGUUGUCGUUCUCAUGUUGUCAGUGUUUUCUGUCCUCUAUAUUAUGUAUUAUCUUAAUGUGCCAUUUUGAAUAAAGAUCUUUUUUCAUA